AUGAAGGAAGAAGAAACCAAGAAGAAGAAGAAGAUGAUGUCUGCAAAGAAGAGAUCCAUGUCUGGAAAAGGGAAGAGGCGAAGCGCCAGGUUGCUCAAGCUCGAGGAGCAGAAGAAUGAUGACAAGGAUGGUGGCUGCAUCCUAGAUCCCUGGCACAUCAUCCGGAAUAGCUUCUCCUGCGCCGCGCAAGGGAAGAGAAAAAGGAAUGACCAAGUCCAGGGAGAAGCUUCGUGUGGCCAAGAGAUCGAUGCGGCAUAUACCGAUAACAUGUCAGGCAAGGACGCGACAUCGGAGCAGAUCAUCGACUACAUUCUCAACAUGCUGGAGCUGAGAGACAGACUUGAGUUGUUUGCGAUGCCGGAUGACAUCCAGGUGGGUGAUUGCACGGAACGGGUAGAGAGGCCCGGCGAUUUCGCGACGUUAAGGCAGAAGAACACAGAUGGCACCUACAAGACGCUAGAGCAAUUCGAGAAGGAUGUGUACAUGGUGUUCCAGAAGGCAAUGUCCAUAAACAGCCAGGACACCAUACCUUACAAAGAGGCCGUGGCGUUGCUGGAUCAAGCCAAGCAGGUUUUCCUGUCCCUCAAGAAGAACCGGAUGUACUCCGAGUCGGACCUCCUGGCCUGGCGUCACAAGCAACUCGACGCCGGGCCCAGCAAGGCAGCGAGAGAUCAACAAGGCGGCGAUGCUGCUGUUACACCUGCACAGCAGCGGCCCAGCAUCACGCCGCUGAGGAAGAAGGCCGGCGAGAAGAAACACCAGAUCGGCAAGGGAGGAAUCAGAAGCACGCCAUCGCCGGUAAAGAGAGCAAGAAAAGGGUUCGCAGCAGCGACAACGGAACCUGGUGGCGCCAGGGAGCUCAAAAGGAGGCUCACUUACAACGAUGUCGCUGGUCGGGCAACGCCGGUGACGCUGCCGCCGCCUGCCUUCCGAGAUGGGCAAGCUACCGUCGUUUAUGUAUGUAAAAUAUACUCUACUACUCCUAUAGUAGGAGUAACAAUCAUGGAUGCGUGGGAACUGAAGCAAGUUUUGGUGCAGCAACAUGCGCAGGUGCAGGGAGGGCACACGUACCAGGAAAGCCUCCGGCGCUACGUGCGGGACGCAGGGCUCAAGGCAAGGCUGGCCACCGAGUUUAAGAUCCUCGAAUGUGACACUCGGGGCAGGCACAACCCCUCGCCGGCCUCCUACUGGAACGGUUUCGCCCCCAACGCCGGCACCUACUACCCCUCAAGUGCCGCCGCCGCCGCCUCCACCGCGCUCCGCACAAUGUCACCGGCGUCCGGUGGCGAGCGGCCUUUUCCGGAUUGCAAGCUGGAGACGGACGACCUGCUCAGCCUCGUCAUGCUCAUGGGCACGCCCGCCUUCUUGGAGAGAGCUAAGCACAUGUUUGGUUACACGGCCGCUGAGGACAGCUCCAAGGUGACCAGAGCGGCCGGCGACGCAAAGGUCGCCGUCACAGAAGCGCCACAGACGAGUGAGCCAGGCGAUCCGGCGGCAGCCACUUUCGGACCGUUCGCUCCGCCCAAGUUGCCCCUUAGCCGGCUGGGCUUCAGCCAGUUCGCCGGCUCUUCGGCCCAGCCGUUCAUGGUGAAGUCGAAUUCUGCCGGGGAGAAGAGACGAGAAUGA